CAUCGAAUUCGCUAGUAGAUUUUAACAUCAACAGGACAUCCGCCAUUACUAACAGAAGUCAGAGCCCAAGUAUAAAGAAUGGACCCUCGCACCAGUGCCCAGGACGUGAUGCGAUGUGACCUGUGUGAGACUGCUGUGGUACAAAUGCACUGUGAUACAUGUCUUGUCAAUCUGUGUAAGUCCUGUGUGGGAGAACAUGCUUCAGCUGAUCUUUUCAAAACCUCAUAAAAUUGUCGACUUCAAGGAGAAAAAAUCUACUUUCCUCUACCCUGAAUGUGUAACACAUGACAAAGAAAGAUGUAAAAUGUACUGUAAACAAUGUGACAUUCCUAUCUGCACUAAGUGUCUUAUAUCCGAUCAACAUCUAGGUCAUAAAUUAUCUAAGAACUAUUACAAAUCCUAGAUGAAAAAAGGGACAUCAUCAUCCAGGAACAAAUUGAAUUAAAGGAAACAAUUUAUCCAACCUACCAGGAGAUUGCCUCUGAUGUACAAAACAGAAUGAGUCAGUUAGAAAAGGAAUAUGGAGAUCUUUCAACAGCCAUAACAAAACAUGGAGAGGACUGGCACAGAGAAAUUGACAAACUUGUCAAGAAACUUAAAGAUGAAGUUGAUGUUAUGAAAAACACACAGUUACAAACUCUACAGAAACAUCUGGAUGAAAUAAAAAUGAAAAUCUUUAACCUGAGGAAGGAAAUAAAUUCACUGGAGGAUGUUGUAGCCUCUAAAGACAUUUCCAAAAUCUAUAGUGUUAAAUCUCACAUAGAAAAAUACAGGAAACUUCCACAAAAAAUUACAUCUUUUUUACCCAACUUUACACCAGGAAGAAUCCAAGUAGAAGAACUAUGUAAUUUGUUUGGGGUUUUAUCAUCAAGUUCUUUAACAUCAGAUAAACAGGGUUACAGCAUGAAGACAACACAGAAAUCACCAGAAGCUGGAUCCUCUCCUCCAGUCAAACAGCUGCUUGAUGAACCAGAGAUUAUCACCACCAUAGACACUGGAUACGAAAGACUUUACAAUGUGGCCUGUCUGAGUGAUGAAGAAAUCUGGACAAGUGGAAAUGGCAACACAAUAAAACUCUUCAGCAUCAGUCAGGGAUUACUACUGAAGUCAAUCAGAACCAAGUCAGGGAACUGGCCAUGUGACAUAGCAGUGUCAAAAAUUGGAGAUCUAGUUUAUACUGAUUACAAAGAUAAAACUGUAAAUAUUGUGAAGAAUGAGAAGAUAGAGGUGGUCAAACAAAAGAAAUGGAAACCUCUGGGUAACUGUAUUACAUCCUCUGGUGAUCUUUUGGUUAUUCUAAUGAGUAAUGAUAGAAAACAAACAAAAGUUGUCCAAUACUAUGGCUUCAUAGAGAAAGAAAGCAUUCAGUUUGAUGACACUGGUAAACCUCUCUAUUCUGAUUCAGAAGAAAAAUACAUUACAGAGAACAAGAACCUAGAUAUCUGUGUGUCUGACAAUGAAGCUGGAGCAGUAGUGGUGGUCAAUCGAGCCGGGAAACUGAGAUUCAGGUACACUGGACAUACUCCUGCCCCAAAGAACCAACCAUUCAGUCCACGAGGAAUCACGACAAACAGUCAGAGUCACAUUCUUACAGCUGAUAUUAACAAUGACUGUGUCCACAUCAUAGACCAGGAUAAACAAUUCCUCUUCUACGUAGAGUGUGGACUGAGUUAUCCCAUAGGACUGUGCACAGAUACAAAUGACAAUCUGUUUGUUGCUGAAUGGGAAAACAGAAAAGUGAAGAAAAUCAAAUUUCUACAGUAAAAUCCAUCCCUUAAUGCCGGUUUACACUAUGCUUCUUGACACAUGCAUCUUGGAUGCAUGCAUCUAAAUUCAGAGUGUAAAUGGGCCUUGUGUUAAAUUUAAUAGGUGUUGCAUCUUGACAGAUGGAAUAGAACUUGUUCUGUUCCGUGUGUCAAGAUGCAUGGAACUGACCAAUUAAAGGAAGGGUCAGAGUUGAGUUUAGAUCAUAAGCCUUAUUUUCCUCCAUAUUGGUGCAAAAUUCUUCAUCCCAAAAGAACCAAAAACAAAGAAAAUACUAAUUAAGGACAGAUGAUACAAACAAAAAAUGGAUGUCUGGAUUGGUGUGUAUUUUUUGACCCAUUAUUAUUGUUAAUGAUGCAAAUAAUAAAUUUCUAAAUUAUUAAGAAAUUAUAUGGUGUUUAAAAUUAUAUCUUUCCGCAACCAUCCUUAUUAUUCUAUACAAAGUUUUGUCACUUUAAAUCCCAUUAUUGUAAAGAUGUGAAUGAAAAAUUAAAAUCUAUA